AUGGAAGCCUUUGGCCCUAAUUCUAUCACCUUACCAUUUUCCUACACCUUCGCUACUUCAGCCACAACUAGUAGCAGCACAAGUAUUAUGUCCUCCUGCAGCUCCUGCUGGAUGGACGGCAGGAUUUGGAGCAAGCUCCCGCAGCGCCUUCUCGACCGCGUGAUCGCCUUUCUCUCGCCGCCGGCGUUCUUUAGGGUUCGCUGCGUCUGCAAGAGAUGGUACGGCCUCCUCUUCUCCCCCGCCUUUCUCGAACUUUACCUCCAACUUUCACCGCAUCGACACCACUGGUUCCUCUUCUUCAAACACAAAUCCCUCAAAAACUACGUCAAUCUCACAAAAACCACCGACGACAACAACAACAAUAACACAACCUCAUGCGCCGAAGCAUUCCUCUUCGACCCUUACGAUCUUUCAUGGUACAAGCUCUCUCUUUCCGAUCUCAUUCCCUCUGGCUUCUCUCCAGCUUCUUCUUCUGGAGGUUUGAUCUGCUACGUCUCGUGCGAAGCCGGCCCCAAAGGCCUUAUUCUCUGCAACCCAAUACUCGGUUCUUUAAUCCAAAUACCUCCAACACUAAGACCACGUCUUUUCCCUUCCAUUGGCUUAGCCGUUAGCCCUACUUCCAUCGACGUUACCAUCGCCGGAGACGACCUGAUUUCCCCUUACGCGGUGAAAAACCUAACUUCCGAAAGCUUUCAUAUCGAUGGAGGUGGGUUUUAUUCUCUCUGGGGAACCUCCUCUUCUCUCCCUAGACUCUGCAGUUUCGAGUCCGGUCGAAUGGUUCACGUCGAAGGGAGAUUCUACUCCAUGAACUACAGUCCUUUCAGCAUCUUGGCACACGACAUUUCGUCGAACAGUUGGUGGAAGAUCCAAGCCCCGAUGAGGAGGUUUCUCAGGUCGCCGAGCCUUGUGGAGAGCAAAGGCAAACUUCUCCUGGUGGCUGCCGUCGAGAAGAGCCAGCUGAACGUCCCCAAAAGCCUGAGGAUUUGGGGGCUGCAACCGUGUGGGAUCACGUGGUUUGAGAUGGAGAGAAUGCCGCAGCAGCUUUACAUUCAGUUCGCGGAGGUCGAAAAUGGAAAUGGAUUUUACUGCGUUGGUCAUGGGGAGUUCGUGGUGCUAAUAGUCGUUGGGACGGAGAAAGCGCUUCUGUUUCAUAUGGGAACCAAGAGAUGGCAGUGGAUUCCGCCGUGUCCGUACGUUAAUGGCGGCGGCGGCGGCGGCGGGGGGGAGCUGCAUGGUUUUGCUUAUGAGCCGAGACUGGCGACGCCGGUCACCGGGCUUCUUGAUCAGCUCACGCUUCCGUUUCAUCAGUCUUACAAUUAA